AUCUGGCAUUUGGCGCCAUUGUGUAAUUGGGCAUUGUGGAAGCAUGGCGUUGGACAAGUCCAUCCUAGAGCAUUAUAUGAAGUUGGACCAGCGUGACAGUGUGCAAGUGAUGUACAUCUGGAUCGAUGGAACGGGAGAAUAUCUUCGUUCGAAGACGAAAACUCUCAAUUUCGAGCCAAAAUCUCCAAGUGAUUGUCCUGUCUGGAACUUCGACGGAUCAAGUACGGGGCAAAGCUCGGGUGACAACAGUGACGUCUAUCUGCAUCCAGUUGCUCUGUUUAACGAUCCUUUCCGUGGAGGUAAGAACAAGUUGCUUCUUUGUGAAACUUACGCCUCCAAUCACACCCCCACACGUUCCAACAAGCGCCACUCAUGUGUGGCCGUCAUGAAAGAAGCGCGCGAAGCUCAUCCCUGGUUUGGUAUUGAGCAAGAGUACAUUCUACUGGAUGCAGAUGGUCAGGUUCUGGGGUGGCCUAAAGGAGGUUUCCCGGCGCCGCAAGGACCUUACUACUGCUCUGUGGGAACAGGAAGAGUGUUCGGCCGUGAUGUAGCUGAAGCUCACUAUAGAGCAUGUCUCUAUGCGGGAUUAGACAUAGCGGGCACUAAUGCGGAAGUGAUGCCAGGACAGUGGGAGUUCCAGAUUGGUCCUUGCGAGGGUGUCGAGAUGGGAGAUCAGUUGUGGGUGGCUCGUUAUCUUCUCAACAGAGUAGCAGAAGAUUUUGCUGUCAUAGUCACUUUAGAUCCAAAACCGAAACCAGGAGAUUGGAAUGGGUCUGGCGCUCAUUGCAAUUUUAGCACAAAAGCUAUGCGUGAAGAUGGUGGCAUUGAACACAUCAGAACAGCCAUUAAGAAAAUGUCAAAAUGCCAUGUCGAGCAUAUCAAAGUUUAUGAUCCCAAAGGUGGCAAAGACAAUGAGAGGCGACUUACUGGUCUUCAUGAGACAGCUAGCAUCCAUGAUUUCAGUUUUGGUGUUGCACAUCGAGGUGCAAGCAUUCGAAUCCCUCGACAAGUAGAUGAAGAUGGCAAAGGUUACUUUGAAGACAGACGACCAGCUAGCAAUUGUGAUCCUUAUGAGGUCACCGAACGUCUGGUCAAGACUAUUGUGUUAAACCAGUAGUGACGUACACUGGUACAGUAAAUCAGUCUCUUGGCAUGGAAUGCAUGAUUUUUGCCAUAAAUUGGUUGUUAGUCUCAAGACAUUGCAAUCUUUGUAGCUGCAGUCCUACUUGGAUGCCUACGUAGAUGUGUAGUUUUUAUUGGCCUAUUUUGAUUAUGCUCAUAAUGGUUGAAACAAAUUGCUCAUGUUUCUCUA